CAGCAAUAGCAGCAGCCCGGAGCGCACCACGCGAGGAUGCUGCCGCCCGGCAAGAUGGCGCAAGGCGACCCCGGCCCCUGUUUGAGGAGGGGGCUCUAGCUCGGCCUUCGGGAGAACAAGCCCCGGACCCCCCCCACCCCACCUCAGCCGGCUUAUCCCACCUCCCCCCCACCCACAUCCCUCCGCUCGCAGCCUCGGACGGGCGCUUUGUCCGCAGCCUCGCCGGAGCCAGGCGCCGCACCCACCCACCCAGCCAGCCCCCCGGCCCCGCUGCUGCUGCUGCUGCUUCGGCCUCCGGUGGCGGCUCCGGGAGGUGGUGGUGGUGGUGGGGAGUGAACCGCCCGCCGCCCGGAGCCAAUGGCUUCUUCGCUGGCGCCGGCUUGCUCGCUCGCCUUCCUCCUGCUGCUGCUGCUGGUCCUGGGAGCAGAUUUCAGCUUCUCCACUGAGCUGGCGUUCACCGUAGAGCCCAGCGACCAGAUUGCUGUGCAGGAACAGCCGCUGGGCUUGGAUUGCCAAGUGGAAGGGAUUCCACCCAUUAGCAUCACGUGGCGGAAGAACGGGAUGUUGGUGGAGGAGGGCGAGGAGCCCUUGACCCUGGUCAACGGCUCCCUCUACUUCUCCCACUUCCGGAAGCUGAAAGAGGACGGCACUUCCGACGAAGGGGAAUACGGUUGCAUGGCUCAGAACCGCUUCGGUUUGUUGGUGAGCAGGAAAGCCCGGAUUCAGGCAGCAACGAUGUCUGACUUCCAUGUACACCCCCAGAGUGCAGUGGUGGAAGAAGGAGGCGUUGCCCGCUUUCAGUGCCAGAUCCAUGGCUUGCCAGAGCCCAUGAUUAUGUGGCAGAAGAAUCAUCUCCCUAUCAGCACAGAUAAUGACAGGUAUACACUGCUUCCCAAGGGGGUUUUGCAAAUAACAGGACUCCGAGCCGAAGAUGCUGGGAUCUUCCACUGCGUUGCCAGCAACAUUGCGAAUGUGAAAUUUAGCAGAGGAGCCAGGCUCACCGUAUCAGGUUCUCCUUCUGCUGUUUACAAAGACCCUAUGAUCCUUGUGGGACCUGAGAACUUGACUCUGACGGUGCACCAGACGGCCAUCUUGGAAUGCAUCGCAACUGGGAAUCCCAGGCCUAUCGUCUCCUGGAGUCGACUUGAUGGACGCCCAAUUGGUGUAGAAGGAAUUCAGGUUCUUGGAACUGGCAAUCUGAUGAUUUCGGAUCUCACCGUCCAGCACUCUGGAAUAUACGUGUGUGCGGCCAAUAAGCCCGGCACAAGGGUGAGGAGGACAGCCCAAGGAAGACUCGUGGUGCAAGCUCCUGCAGAAUUUGUCCAGCAUCCUCAGUCAAUUGCCAGACCUGUGGGGACCACCGCCAUUUUUACCUGCUUGGCCCAAGGAGAGCCUUCCCCACAGAUCACAUGGUUGAAGAACGGGCAGAUUUUGGAGCCGAGCGAGCACAUUAAACUGAAGAACAACAAUAGCACGCUCACUAUCUCCAACAUUGGCCAGACGGAUGAGGCCAUCUACCAGUGCAUCGCUGAGAACAGCGCGGGCUCCACCCAAGCCAGUGCCCGCUUGACGGUGCUGUGGGCCGACCGACUUCCGGGUCCUCCCCAAGAAGUCAAAGCAGCUUCCGUCUCGGCUACCACCGUCCAACUGCUGUGGAGCGAGCCGUUGCAAAACACCAAGGAGAUUAUCGGCUACGUCCUGCACAUAAGAAAAGCAGCAGACCCGGUGGAAAUGGAAUAUCAAGAGGCCGUCAGUAAAAGCACCUUCCAGCAGCUUGUGACCGACCUGGAGCCUUCCACAACUUACAGUUUCUACAUCAAAGCCUACACCUCUCGCGGGGCCAGUAAGGCCUCUGACAUUGUGCUGGUGAGCACCUUGGGAGAAGUACCAGCAGUGCCUUCCCUCUUCAUUAAAGUCCUCAACAGCACCGCCGUUCAAGCCACGUGGGAACCUUCCAUCAAACUGGGCCAACAUGAAGGGUUCAAACUCUUCUACCGCAAAGUCCACCUUCCGCACUUCACGGGGCCCAUGCUUCUGCCCAGCAAUGUCACCUCUUGCAACCUUACUCAUCUUGAUCCAUCAGUUGUGUACGAAGUCAAACUGCUUGCUUACAACCAACAUGGCGAUGGGAACUCCACCGUCCGUUUUGUGUCCCUCCGAGAAACUGUUGAAAAAACAGACCUCAACCCGCCAUGCAACUGCAUGAAGGAUGAGUCAACCAACAAGACCUCAGCUACUGGGAUCAUCAUUGGAAUUCACAUUGGGGUCACCUGCAUCAUCUUCUGUGUCCUUUUCCUCAUGUUUGGCUACAGAGGACGACUGCUGAUGUGCAAAAAUGUGCAAGAGCAGCUGUCAACCCCGCAGAUCUCGAGAGGACCGAGAAAUGUCCCUGGCCAGGCUCUCAAUGGGUCAACGAAAAGGGAAGAUCCAGAUGUCAAUGGGAAACAACUGGAUAUGAAUGAACUGGAGAGGCUGUUCCCAGCUUUGCGUUCCCAACCCAGCCCCCACACGAAGGGAAUCACGCUGGAUCACAUUCCAAAUGCUUCACCCAUUGAAAUCCAGAUAUCUACUCUUCCUCCAGAAGAAUUUAGCAUCCUUGAGGAAGAGAACAAUACCUUGUUUCCAAAUGUACCUUCUGGCCCCGCGGCCAGCCUCUGCUCACCAUCAGCCAAGAAGAACCAGCUUUGAAGCAAGCUCCGACCAAUGAAGGAUAAAUUGCCAAGAUAGCUCAGACUUCUUACAGGACAUCCCAGACACUCUUAUGUUUUUUGUGCCUGGUUGAUGUCUCUUAAGAUGACGCAUAAAUCUCAGGUCGAUGUCAAAAGUUCUGAUUUCUGCAUAAAUCUGUAUGCAGCCUUUGUUGGAAUCUGUUAUGAAGUUGAUCUUUCUGACCUGCCUCAGGCUUGGAAGCCCAUAUCUACCCAUCUGGAUCUCCGUCUUCAUUCUACAGCUGUCAAGCCAGUGACUUCUCUCAAGAGAAGCUCGCACACCACUUCGUAAACCUUGACACCACAUGGGAUCAAUACCCUUGCCCAUCUUGGGGGUUCACCCAUGUGUCCCUUCACUGGCAGCUUUAGAAUGAUCGUUUCUGGAUCCGUCUUGGCGAUCUCGUUGAACGAACCCACGAUGAAGGACCUCCCCACUUGGAUCCACAACGCGGAAGUUUCAAUGGAGCCACAGAUCCUUUUUGUUGUUGUUGUUGUGUCCAUUCAUAAUUCUCAGGAUAUAUGUGUGUGUGUGUUUUUUUCAUGGAUGAACUGCUUCAAAGACAAAAUGAGCAUGGCAAAAAAAUGAGAAAAAAAAAAGAAGAAAAAAAAAGAACCACCCAGGCCCUGGAAAAGGGCUCUUGAAAGAAAGAAAGAAAGAAAAAAAAAAAGACUUGGAUGAACCCCCGAAGUAAAUUCAGAACCUACCUCAACCGGAAUUGAAUGUCUUUUGGGAAGAGGCAAACGUAUCUUGUGUCUUCCUUUUUUGGUCUUCAACGCAAGUAGUGUAGCACUUGGUCAGUACGUGUUUUGGUACUACCUCAGAAGUCACACUCCCAUGUCCACCAUGUUGGUCAUUGGUUAAUAUUUCCUUCCAACCCCCUCCCCCCACCCUUUAAAGUCACCCCUUGUUGUCAUCCUUGUUCCAAUGUAAAGCACUUCCAAAAUCUUGAAAGCAAUGUUCUACCUCAAGACAUUUUGUUUUUUAAAAUAGAAGUAUCGUUCCAGCCAAUCUCCUCAUCUCUUCCCUCCCCUCUUCCUGCUCACUUCCAAUAUCCCAAGAAGACAGAAGAGCAUUGUGAACUCAUGUCGGAUGUGAUCACUGAGGACGAGCCCUCCCCCCCCGCUUAGUGUGAUAAGCUUUACUUUUAGGCAAGUUGCUAGUUAACUUGUUGUAGAGUUUUACUGGGUCAAGAAUUGUUUUAUAUCAUGUCUUCUUUUCUUUUUUUUUUCUUUUCGUCCAAACAAAGGAAACUCUAAUGUUUGUUAGGAUUGUAGUAAAAGGCAGGCUGCCAAUUACCUAAAAAUAACUUCCACUAUAAACGGGUUACUAUGGAGGAACGGUUGGAUGGUCAAGGUACAUUGUUCAAAGCUGGUUUGCCACAUGUACGUUUAGGGGGUGCUUGCUGAAUCAAAGAAAGUUUUUUAUAUAUAUAAUGGAGGAGCUGAACUUUCAUUUUUGCUUUGCACAGAGAAACCCUUGGAUUUUCUGCAAAAAAAACCCAACCCUGAGCUAGGAUCAUCUUAAACAGUUAGGCUGGGUUGAAACAAAAUGCUUAGCUUGGCUUUGGAUAAGUGUCCGGCUACUACAGGAUGGUAGUAGGCCUAGUGGUUAAGAUGCUGGGCUUGUCAACUGGAAGGUUGGCAGUUUGAGACCCAAGUACCGCAUGACGGGUUGUGCUCCUGUUCUUGCCUCAGCUCCUACCCACCUAGCACUUCAAAAGCAUGCAAAUGCAAGUAGAUAAAUAGGUACCGCUUCGAUGGGAAGAUAACAGCAUUCCAUGCUCCUUGGAGUAUAGUCAUACUAGCAACAGUACCCUGGAAGUGUCUUUGGACAACACUGGCUCCUUUGUCUACGAAUGGAGAUGAGCACUACCCCCUGGGCACAACUGGUAUGGAGAAACUUUUACCUUUUACCUUUUACCAGCUAUUAUGGUUGGCCAACCAUAAUCUAUGGCUUUGGCACAUUGCGUGAUCAGCUCCAAUAGUAGUUAAUGCAAGACAGCAUUGUCAAACCAAGAGCUCUCUGUGAAGCCAAUGCUUUCCAUUCAGAGAACCUUCCUUCCAAGUUGUGUGUUUAAAGUUAGUGCAUUGAUCCCACCAUGGUUUCACGUGUGUUAUGUGGCAGGCAAUCUCUCCAGAUCUCCCUUCAAUCUCCGGUCUGAAAUAUUUUCAUUGGAGAUGAAAGGAAACAAUCUUGGAAUAUUGGGCUUACGUUCCAUGUUGCCGUUCACUUUUCCCCACACAAAAUAAUAGAAAGCUGUGAAAUGUGCAUAUUGUCAGGGCUCCAAUGAAUGCCCUAAUUAACUCAUGAGCCUGGAGCCAAGUUUCAAAAGAAAUCCAGUUAUUUAUUAGGAGCAACAUGUCGGCAGCUUCCCAAGUGUAGUCAACUCUGCUGUACGUAAUUUACGGCUCAACUAUUCCCCCGCCCCCCGUCCUCUCAGGCUGUGUCAUAAAUCACAUUCUCCAAUGAGGCACUUUCAUGGGCUGUAGAAACCACGCCUCACAAACUGGCUCUGGUAAUCUGAGAUCCAACCUUGGAGGAAGGUAUGCGUGGAAUGUGGCUGCUGAACUGCUCCGUCAGUUUCUGCCCAUGGCAACUCGAGAGCAGACUAGAAAUGCUUUGCGAGCUGACACGUAUCAUUUUUGGGUACAAAGGUCUCACUAACCUAACCUCUGUAGGGUGCAUGUGUGCAAACUAGACACAAGACCAGCCUGUUUAAUAAGAUGCCUCCAGCUGACCUUCACAGCACUUGAAGCCACUGAUGUGGUGUCCACUGUUUAUUUCUUCCCGUUUCUUCUGUUAGUUGUUCUCUAGGUCACUGGUGGCAGUACAGCUGGUAACAGACCACAUGUUUAAAAGCCUUAGCAUGGCCUUUCCUAACCUGGUGACCUCCAGAUGUGUCAGGACUUCAGUUCCCAGAAUUCCUAGCUAGGUUGAUUGGGAAUGCUGGGAGCUGAACUCCCAAUCCAUUUAUAGAGAAGGCCAGUUUGGGAAAGGCUACCUUAGAAUGUAGCAUAUUUUCUUUAUAGAGUGACCUACCUCAGUUGAAGCAGUCAAAGUAGGCAAUGCUGUUCAUAAGAAGAUCCUCUCCAAUAGGAUUAUUGGUGGGAGACUUUCAACAUCUACCUAUCUACCUACCUACCUACCUACCUACCCCAACUCGUUGACAUAGGAAAAAGCACUUAACAGCAUUUCAGUGAAAAUUGAAAUGAGGCUCUUAAUUCAAUUCCCUUUUUUCCCUCUCCUAAUGAAUCCUGACACUGAUUGGAUUAUGUUCUUUACCACUAGAAUAGCCACUUCAUGGUCAUGUCCUUUCUUUGUUUAAUGUUGAAUUCCUAUAGCUAUUUUUAUACGCGGUAAUUAAAAGGAAAAUGUUUUUAAAACUCUGGGUGAAAAAAGAGAAACAAAAAGAAGUGACUGGGAUGGAGGAAAGAAGCAAUAUCUAAAGAAACAGCCAGCUACAGCAGGGGUCUCCAAUCUUGGCAACUUUAAGACUUGUGGACUUCAACUCCCAGAGUUCUGGGAAUUGAAAUCUACAAGUCUUAAAGUUGCCAAAGUUGGAGACCCCUGAGCUACAGUAUUAAGCCUUCCUUUUUUUAAAAAAAAAAGUGGAUUUUUUAAAAAAAGACUCAAUUUUUCAGCCUGAAGAGAUCUGUCGGCAUUCACUGUCACUGUCACUCUCCUUAUUAUUGGAUAUUUUGUUUAUUUUACGGUGCGCCUGUCCAUUAAAACAGGAGGAAGAAAUAAAAUGUAUCUGGAAUUAUAUCCCUUGUUUCAAGAGGGCCCUUCAAACCUUGUUGGCAUCACGAGAAGACGGGUGACAAGGGUGACACCCCCCCAAAAAAUGAUCCUGAAUGAGUGAUGACGGAAGAAAACUGGAUUGAUUUCAAAUGUCUGUGGAGAUUCUCAACCAUCCAGGUCAUACUUGUUCCAAAGGUGCUUCUUCCAAAGGCAGCUGAACUUUCUUGUUGUUUUUUUCUCCCCUUUGAAAACAUGUUGUUUCUCAUCCAAAAAGUUGCCUGAAGUUAGAACUGAAGAAGCUUCUUGGAAGAGAAGCAAAACUUUUUCAAAGAAAAAAAAACAAGCAAGUCUAGCUGCCUUUGGAAAAAGUGAUUUAUUUCGAACUUACAUAUAGUGGUAAAAAUCAGGUGGUCCCAGAUUUUGGGAAAAUCAGAAGGUCCCAGAUAUUUUGGGCUGCUUUGGCAUUUUAAAAAGCCUUCACUGACUCUUGACUGAUGACCAGUCUCUGCAGGUCUUAAGACGUACCCCUCCAAAACGAUCCUGAAAUUGGGCUGAUUUUUUUCCCAUGGGGAUGUUGAAGAGUGGAAAUGGAUGCCUAACAGCUUUGAAGAUUUCAAACAUCUAUUUUUUUCUCCUUAAAUGUCCCCAAAAAGAAGCAACUAAAAAGUUGAAUGUCCCACCCUUUCAGUAAUUUCAUCACCUGGUAGGUCAUUCAACCUUAAGUCACACAAAACUGAAGAGAUGCCGCCACUUUAUUUUAUUUUAUUUUAUUUUAUUUUUGAAUUUGUAUACCGCCCUUCUCCCUGAGGACUCAGGGCGGUGAACAGCCAAAUAAAAACAUCAAAUACAAAUAUUAAAAUACAGUUAAAAUAUAUAUAUAUAAAUUUGGCCCCAUUAAUUAAAACAAUAAACCAAACAAUUAAAAACACUUAAAAAGAAUUAGGCCAGCCCGGCUUGUUGGAAAAGGAAGGUUUUAAGGUUGAAGGUUUUAAUUUUAUGUCUGUCUGUGCCUCCCAUCUAUUGGAGACACGGAUUGGAUGUUCAACAGACUUUGAGCGCAAAAGAUUCAAUCUUACUUUGAACUUUACCCCCAAUUCCAUCCUCAGAAAAAUGAACCAUCUCAGUGGUUUCCAAAAGCUGUCAGAAAAAGGAUGCAGAUUACAUCCUUUGGAUAAAUUUGGCAAAUGAUGCGAACGCUUUUCUCCAAUUGGUCCAUAAAACUGAGGUUUUCCUAUGCUACCUAUGGAGGCAUUUCCUCCAGUGUUGGGUUUCAAAUUUAUUUACUACCGGUUCUGUGGGCGUAGCAUGGCUUGGUGGGCAUGGCAGGGGAAGGAUACUGUAAACCUCCAUUCCCUCCCCACUCCAGGAGAAGGAUACUGCAAAAUCCCCAUUUCCUCCAAAUCCUGACUCCGGAGGCAGAGAAUAUAUGGGGGCAGGGCCAAUCAGAAUUUUUACUACCGGUUCUCUGAACUACUCAAAAUUUCCACUCCCGGUUCUCCAGAACUGGUCAGAACCUGCUGAAACCCACCUCUGAUAUCCUCCCUUUGCCCUUUUCUAGGAAUCCCAGAUUUGCACAGUAAUGAGAAUGUAGAAAAUAAUGGUCCCGUUACGGAGAUGGGGAUUAAAUCCUCACUUUGAAAGUCAGUUGGUGGAGAUGUGUUGCACCAUCUCUUACUCUUAGUGUAGACCAGGGGUGUCAAACUCAAGGCCGGGGGCCAGAUCUGGCCCACGGGGUGCUUAGAUCUGGCCCAGAAACAGUGAAUGACCAGACUGCGGUGCUUCUGCCAGCAAAAACUGAGCUCAUGAGGCCACGCACGGCCCUCCCAAGCUCUGUUUUCGCUGGCAGAGGGCUGCAGGAAGCCAUCGCAGCCAAAAAUAGAGCCCAGGAAGACCAUCGUGGCUGAAAACGGAGAGAUGACAUCUCCAAUUUGCUGAGGCUGAGAAACACUGGAUUAAUUGGUCUGAAUGACCCUCUUCAAAAGAUGGAGUUUGUAGCCUGUCAAUCGCACUGGUUGCUCCAGCUUCUGAUUCAAAAGCACAGAUUCCAAUGGAACAACUGUCUUGUUAUUUGAGAACGAGCAUUUUUAUGGAUGUGACCUACAAAUGCAUUCAUCUUUGUGGCUUCAACACACACACACACACACUGCCAAUUCACUUUCUGCUUGGGGUCAACUAUGACUCCAGUAUCACCAUUCCCACUCCUCUCCUCCUGUUUGACAGCCCAGAUUGGCAAUUAGUGGCAUCUCUGGAAGUUUUCAAAAGAAAACUUGAUUCUCCCUCUUAAAAGCAGAUUGAACCCACGUGGUCAAUAACAAAAAAAGGCUUAGUUUACAUUGCGUAGCUGAGAAACGAAAAGGAAAGAAAGAAAACAGGCAUUUAGCCUGAUUGUACUUCUCUUCAGGAUGCUAAAAAAGGGCUUCUUUGGAAUGGCGAGCUCAUUCUGCCACAGCGUGUUUGAGCAUAAUGGUUAAAAACAAUGUGAAAACUUGGAUAUCGAUAAAGCAAAACCACAUAUUUUUUUUUAGAUUUUUUCAGCUCUUAAGUCCCCAGGGCUGUACGAACCUGCUUUUAAUUUAAUAUCCUGUCCUGUUACUGUAAACAAAUAUUUGUCAUUGUUUCCUUUAAUUAAAAGGGGAAAAAAUAUUGUGCCAUUUGAUUGAUGAGAUUAUAAUAGCCCAUCAUGGAGAAAUUGUGACCUUCCUUCCUCCCUUCAUUUCCUCCCUCCCUCCCUCCCUCCCUCCCUCCCUUAUAGAUUUCUUUUGAUAUGAGACAACUGACAUGAACCUCUAAGAUUAUUAUAAGUAUUAUUACAAGUGUUAUAUUUUUAUUCAGUGUUUUUAGAUGAUUAGUUUCUCCUUGGUUGGUUGGUUGGAGGGGAGGGGUCUCUUUAUGUUUUGAAAAAUUCUAUAGCCAUAGAGAUUCCUUGCAAACCAAUCCUCAAAAUGUGCUUCUUCUUUUUUUUCUGAAUGUAUCCUUGAUCUUGACCUAAGGAAGUUACGUAUUUCUUUUCAGUCUUUUGGGGGGGGGGAUGUCAAUUCUGCUGCCAAUUCCAAGAACAAAAUUAGAAAAUGAAAUAAUCAACGUUCUUAAUGCAACAUAACCUACCUGUGUUUUAGAAAGAAAGGGAGCAAAACUCUGCAAAGGAAACUGCAAGGCUUCAUUAGAGACCAGGCAAGAUUAUGGUGGGGCCUCAGAUUUAACCAGAUUUAACCAGAAGAAAGAAUGCAGAGGAGGCUUAUUGUGGUGCCGAUAGACACCUUUCAAACCUUACUUUAACUUGGCUGUCACUAGAUAGCUUAGGUCCACUUUUCUCCUCCGUUUCAUACUAUUGUGGGAUGUUAUGAGAAAAACAUUGGACGCUUUGGAAGGUAUCAUGUGAUCGGGGUAACAUGACAGCAGUGUUCCCGUAUUUGAAGGGCUACCACGAAGAAAAGAGAAUCAGUCUAUCCUCCAAAGCACCAGAAGGCAGGACAAGAAGCAAUGGAUGGAAACUUAACAAGGAAAGAUCCAACCUAGAACUAAGGAGACAUUUCCUAACAGUGAGAACAAUUAACCAGUGGAACGACUUGCCUCCAGAAAUUGUGAAUGCUCCCACACUGAAGGUUUUUAAGAAGAGAUUGGCCAACCAUUUGUCUGAAAUGGUAUAGGCUUUCCUGUUUGAGCAUAGGGUUGUACUAGAAGACCUCUAAGAUCCCUUCCAACUCUGUUAUUCUGUUAAUUACAGGUAGUCCUCAACUAACAGCCAUUCGUUUAGUGACUGUUCGAAGUUACAAAGGCCUUGGGGAAAAAAAAAGUUUUCACAACUUCAAACAGUCACUAAACAAACUGUUGUAAGUUGAGGACUACCUUAUUUUAAAUGUAAAGCACAAAAUCUUGAGAGGGAAAACCUCCCAAGAGGGUGAUUUUGGGGAGCCAAAAUAUCUAGAGCCAGCCCUUAUAUUUGAUUCGCAGACUGGGCAUGUUGUAGCAAGUUUAAGAUGUGUGGACUUCAAUUCCCAGAAUUCCCCAGCCAUCCACACCUCUUAAAAUUGCAAAAGGUUGAGAAAACACUAAGGUGGAGUUAGAGAGGAUGAAUAUGGAGGGAGGCUAUUUGAGAGAAGAAAGUGGGACUUUGGACAGAUGUCCUGGAUGUAAAGCUUAUUGAAUCCACUUGAUGGCAGCACCUAGGAAACGUUGGCUGAUUUCAAAAACAGUGACCUGGUUAGUAGUCGGAUGGGAGACCACCAGGAAAUUCUUGGGUUGCACGGCAUCCUGCUGAGUGCCACCGAAACCCCUUUAUCUAAGAAGAUUGAGCAAAGUAGUAGUUGCAUCAACUAAACCAAGCUAGUUGAUGAAGCUUCCAUUCCUAAAACUUUGACUGUUAACCUUUCCAUACGUGAAAGAUAAUUAUUUGGGUCUUCCUUGGAAUAAUGCUGACCUCCGAGCACUCCCCCCACCCCCGUUUAUUUUCUAUUUUCCCUUUCUUACCCUUUGAAAUCUCACUGACCUUAUGAUUGUUAGUUCUGUGCUUACCAACGAACAAAAGAGAGGAGAUUCUAGAUUUCUUUUUAUCUUUUUUAUCUUUGAUAGGAUGUUCUGUUUAGUGUUUUAGCUCAUGGUUAUUCAUACCAAGAACCAAAAAAAAUAAAAGCUAGAAUAAAUUA